GCACUGAUCUCGUUUAUUGAUACAUGGAUGCCGUUACUUCGGAAGGUAAGAUGCGCCAGCUAACAUCGCAGUUAUUCCCUCUUUCAUGAGGAAAAGACAUUUUUUCUUUUCACUGUAAUAGAAAUGUUCGUUAUUUUGGCACCUUUUAGUGUAGCUGCGGGUGGUGAUAUAUUAAAGCACUUUAACUGUAUAAUGUGAUACAUCCGCAUUCUUCUUCGGUGGGCUAACUGCUAACCGCUAGGACUGUUCAUCUGUUUUUAGACCCUGUUUUAGGAGCACUUUAAGGGAAAAUGUCGAAGGUAUCCUCAUUUUCAGAGCAGUGUCGGGUCUGAGGAAUAAUGGUAGACAACACAAACGUGUGUGCUCAGCCAUGGUCGGCUAACUUAGCUCGGUGUACCAAACUAACGUCAGCCCUCAGGGUUUAUAGAGGACCAGGGGAACUUUAACUAGCUCCAGAUAUUAGACCCUAACUUUCACAAAAUUUAUAAAAGAGAGAUCUGACAACAACAAUGCAACAACGACGAGUUAUACUUGAUAUACCUGCAAAUGUAUAUUUUUAUCCACACGUAUUCAGACAGCAUCAAAUACACGAGAAACUCUGCUGCUAUCGGUGUCUUUCGACAAGGACUGCUGGUUAUCAUUAAAGGUCACUGGUCUGUAAACCUGGAUUAAGUGUCUUUUAGGAGUUAUUUUUAUCUUGUUUUAUAAUUUGUUUAUUGGUUGUGUUCUCAAUUGUGCCAAAACGACGAGCCACCAUUGCACUGUGAAAAAACCUGGACAGUGUAAUGAAAUACCCAAGACAGCAGCUCUACCUUAAAAUAAAGUCUUAGAAAUGACAUACUUUUUCAAUUUUUGUUGACAUGGUCUCUUUGAGUUAAUUGUUGAAUUUGAAGUGGCUUCCUGGAGUGCAUUAUAUUGAAAGGUGGCGUAUACUAUUCUGCCCCCCUCCAUAAUUGAGAAUGCCGCAGAUAAGAUAUCACCUUUCACUAUGACUCACUCCAAUAAUAAAUUACAAUAAUCACCUGCCCAAUUAUGUCAACAUAUAGCCAUGUCAACAAAUAAAAUUUUAGAAUCUAUCUGAAAGUACAGCGUAUACAAGACUUGUUGUAUUGGAGUGCAUUACAUUGCCUAGUAGCCCCAUCAAUAUGUAGUAAACUUUCAUACAUGAGCUGGAUAUGUCUCACCGUUCACUGGCAUUUAAAGGCCAUGUAGUCCUUUAUCGCCUUUUGUAUCAUAUUUGAUACUUUUAUGAUACCUCUAUCAAAUCAAUAUGAUCAAUAAAUCACUAAAAAAAAAACCCACCUGAAUACAGUCCAAUAAAUGAUAAACAUGUCCUCUUGUUGUUUAUCAGUUUCCAAAAAAAUCUAAUGUAUCAAACAAGAUAAAUAAAUAUAUCUGUUAAAUUUUAAGGACUUUUUGAUUAUUAUUAUUUUUUUUUGGUUUUCAGUAGUAAGUGAAAUAAACAUUUCAGCUCCAAAAGAAUUUUGAAUUUUCUUGCCAUAAUUUGUGGUUUCAGGCAUUAAAGUGUUAAAAUCUGAUUAGUAUAUAAAUUUGUGGUCAAAAACCAAAGCUCUUCCAUGUUUGAUCAAUUAAAAGCAUGAGUAAAGAGGAGUGAAACCAAGCAGUUCUGCAAUGUGACACUACAGUUUGUGAGAAAGGCACAGAAAAAGAUAGGUGUGUCAUUGUUGGGUGUAAGAUGACCUUUCAGGAAGUCCUUUCAAAUGUGUGUGACAGAAUAAAUGGCUCUGGACACUUAAGUAAAGGCAAGAGAUACAUGAAAAGAAGAAACUUGAUGACUGUCAUGGUCUGUUGCUUGUCAUUGGAGUGUUUACAGAAUGGGGCGUGGCAGUAUGAUGUUAAUAAACCUUUUGCAAAUAUGCCAAUACUUGUAUAAGGCUGUAACAUUGUUUCCUCUCUCUCUCUUGAUCUCAACCAGCUGUUGGAGAGCAGAAGAUGUUGCCAACACCUCUUGAAACAGGAUUUUGAGGGUUCAACGAUGGAUUUUCACCAAUAAGUUUCAUAUUUAACAGUGUUUUAGUCACUGCAUGCAAUGGGAUGUUUCCUGACGAUGGGAUGAUUAGUUGGUGAAACUGUUGAUGUUGGUAUUUUGGCUGUAAUGUCCCGCAAGGAGGAAAUAUUGUAAACAUCAACCAACAGGAGCUACAGUUUCCAUACUCUCUGUGUCAGACCAGAGCACUCAGACAGCCAUGGGCUUGUGCUCACCUGUGUUCAAGAUUUUGCGGAGAGGAAAGUAUUUUAUACUGAUCCUUGUCUCGCUGUCAGUGCUGGCUUGGAUUGCGACAUUUUCAGGGGAAACACUUAAAUUUGGUCAGAAUGCCUUGACCACAAAACAGACUCCUGUCCACGGGGACAGCCUGAGGGACCAACUUCAUUCUUCGAAGACAGCUGCACCUCAGAACCUCAACACUCCAACACCCAAAGUCAAAUGCCCAGAGGAGUCACCUUUGCUAAGUAAGUUUUCACAGAAAUUACAAAGGGGGUCAACUGGAAAAGAAUUUGUGAAUGUUAAAAUUCAUUAAUUUAUUUCCUCAACACUGACUCCUUCAGUCUCUUAAAACUCACAGCUAAAGGGCUGUUUAAAUCCAGUUUCUAUCAGGACUGUACUACAUUAUCGAAGUAUCUUUAAAUUGUUCUUUUCAAGUGCAAUUUGUUUCUAUUUUAUACACGUUAAAUAAAGCAGGAAAAAAGUUUUAUAAUCUAAAUACAUUUUGUCAUUUGAAUCUCCUUUUUGCUGGUGAAUUAUCUGCCUACUUUGCUAAGUAAGUUUUCACAGAAAUUACAAAGGGGGUCAACUGGAAAAGGAUUUGUGAAUGUUUAUAUCCAUUAAUUCAUUUCCUCAACACUGACUCCUUCAGUCUCUUAAAAACUCACAGCUAAAGGGCUGUUUAAGUCCAGUUUCUAUCAGGACUGUACUACAUUAUCGAAGUAUCUUUAUAUCGUUCUUUUCAAGUGCAAUAUGUUUCUAUUUUAUACAAGUUAAAUAAAGCAGGGAAAAAGUUUUAUAAUCUAAAUACAUUUUGUCAUUUAAAUCUCUUUUUUGCUGGUGAAUUAUCUGCCUACUGUGUUACAAACAGCACUCAUGGCUCAGCUCAUUUGUUGAUAUCUGACUCUUCUGUAGAGGGAGCCAUGAAGCUGUCCUUUGAGUCCUCUCUGAAACUGGAGGAUGUGGAGAGCGACAACACAAGAGUGUCAAAGGGCGAGUAUGAGCCUGCAGACUGCACAGCAAGGCAGAGCGUGGCAAUCCUUAUCCCUCACCGCAGCAGAGAGAAACACCUCCUCUACCUCUUGCACCACCUGCACCCAUUUCUGCAGAGGCAGCAGCUGCAUUAUGCCAUUUAUGUUAUACAGCAGGUAGUGCACAGUUCAAUGUCGCAUAAUUUUCAUUUUAAGUUUUAGGCUUUAUUCUGGUAGAGUGGUGAGCAUUAGUAACCAUUUUGUAUUUAAAAUUGACAUCAUUUGGAAACGGUCUCUGAAAUCAUUUCCUGUUAAGUCCUGUCAUUCUGAAAGAAAAAAAUACAAAUUAGGAGGUUUUUUCUUCUUAACUGUCUUUUCUUUUUUUUCCUAAGGCUGGUGAUGCAACUUUUAACCGUGCCAAGUUACUAAAUGUCGGGUACUUGGAGGCGUUGAAGGACUACAGUUGGGAGUGCUUCAUUUUUCAUGACGUGGACCUGGUUCCUGAAAAUGAUCAUAAUUUAUAUGUCUGUGACAACCAGCCCAAACACUUAGUGGUUGGUCGAAAUGCAACUGGAUACAAGUAAGUUUCUGAGUUUGAGUUACUUAUGAGAGUGGUGAGACUUUUUAUCAACCUUGUAAAUUAACAUUGAAGUACUAGUGAACAGAGGAUUACUCAGGCUUGCCACAUCAGUUGUAAGUUUAUGAUAGAUCUUUUGAACUGAAGUGUAAUCUCAUUUUUCAUAUUCUUCCAGGUUGCGAUACAAAGGCUACUUUGGAGGAGUCACAGCUAUGACCAAAGAGCAGUUCCUUAAAGUGAAUGGAUUCUCAAACACUUACUGGGGUUGGGGUGGAGAAGAUGAUGACCUUCGCAUCAGGUGGGAGAGUGGGAGUGUAAACAGUCAUAAACAAAAACCUCGUUCCCCUUCAUCACGUCUAAAACACAUGAGGUAUAUGUUCCUGUCUUUAUGAAUUGAUAAAUGUGGUUUUUGCUGUCUUGAGCAGGGUUGAGCUGCAGAAAAUGAAAAUUACGCGGCCGCCAGCUGACAUUGCUCGGUAUACCAUGGUGUUCCACAAAAGGGACAGUGGCAAUCAAAUUAACAAAGACAGGUCAGUAUAUGCUGAAUUGACAGUUCUGUAUAAAGCUCUUCAGCUUAUUGAGAAAUGAUAAGAAUACACUCUGAUUUGUAUUGCAAAAUUAUUUUCUUAAAUCAUCUUUUUUGUUUGUCAGGAUGAGGUUGUUGGGACGAACGCCACAGGUAUGGAGAAAGGAUGGACUUAACAGCUGCUCUUAUAAAACUCUGUCAACACAGAAGCUGCCUCUUUAUGUGAAUGUAACUGUGGACAUUGGCAAGCCAUAGAGUUCGGAUUUCAAAAAGUAAGCCAAGCUGUGACCAAAAAAACAUUUUGAUAUAUUUUAUAUAGUAUGUUUGGGAGACUUGAGUGUGGAAAAGCUACUACAUGUGUUUAAGACACCAUGUUAAGCACACAAAAUGCACAUUGGCUCUGUUGAUUUAAGCAAAGCUCAGUUGGCACUACAUUUUUGCACAUUAUUUUUCCAUAUCUUGUUGCCUUUAUUUCUUUGUGUUGCUGACAGGUUGCUUUAACAAAUCAUCUAUAAAGAAGUGCAUGUUGCUGUCCUGUAAAUAUUCUUCAUACUUAAAUGUAUGGGUUAAAAAUCCAACUCUUAUAUUUCAUUUUAUUUAAAAAUAUGCCUUAUUAUUUGCUGGAAUUACACAAGUUGGCUUUGAAAUUGCAGAUUCUUGUGGAAAAUGUGCAUUUUGUGUGCUUCAGUGUGUGGAUGCGUUGACCACAGACACAGGAGUUGCCACUUAUUUUGCAUAAUUAAACCUCAGGUCUGCAGGAGCUACAGACUGAGAUCAAUUGACUGAUAAACAACAUCUCACACUACUAUUACACUUGUUCCAGACAGGACUUUAAGUAAAUAGUAAUGAACACUAUUUGAUUAUCUUAAUUUUGACCUUAUAAGCCUGAUAAGCUAGAUAACUGAGACCAUGUCUGUAUGUGUGCAAAGUCUUUAAACUUGAACUAAUGGGGAGUGAUUAGUUCAAGUUAGCAGCUUAGUAGAGCGUUUUAUUGACAUAGAUAAUAAUAAAUUGUAGACAACGGGCAGUCAUGUGUAACACAAACUGACUUGAUCUGAAACAGUUAUAUAUACACUCUUUUACAGCAUUUUUUUCUUUCCUUUUUUGGUGAUUUAAUGCCGCCUACAGCCAACUUUCAAAACCUAUUUAAAAGCAAUCAUGUUUAUCAUUUGACACAGCUGAUUUAAUUGAGUUUUGAGGCUAACACCAACAAAAAUCACCUUUGACAACAUUAGUGAGCUGUGAAUCAAUCUGAAUUAAUUUACAUAUGUAACAGACUUUAAAGUAUGCACAUCGGAGCAAUUUUUUUUCUUUUUUUUUCAGCUAAAAUGCAUCUGUAUCUCCUGAUGCUAUGGCCAUUACUUUACAGAAACAGAAAUAAGACAACCAUAGACUUUCAUCUUAUGGUACAAAGGAACAGUUCUUUUCUGAAGACAAUGCAGAAGUAUUUAUCAUUUUAUUAAAAUGCUAAAAAAUACUCUGGUCUCCCCAUGAAAAACCUAAUGGUACUGUUUCAGCUCUUUAUUAAUCAGUUUGUGAAUCGAAAGAAUAACCAUAGUAACUUAAGAUGCAUCAAAUGAACCGUUUGUGAAAAAAGAGGAAAAACAAGAAUAAUUUAAAAGCAAUAAUAACAUAGUGGGCCAAAUCAUAUCAUGGACAGGGUGUUCUGUGAAUUAGUUUGACUGCUGAUCCUUUUCACAGGGUCAGUAUCAUUCCUGUGUAAACAUGGUCAGUGUUUCAUAUGAACCUUGAACUGGUUUACUUACAGUAUAUGAAAUACAACUUUGUUAAUCUCACAAGGUACACUUGCAGAUUUCCUGGUGUGAUGUGUCAAAAUAUCCGCUGUCAAAGGUUAUAAGAAGGUUUAGGCUGGAUAAUUUUUCCUGCUGUUGGCACUUUAAAUCACUCGCUUCUCUGAAAAGAAAAGCUUGUGCUGCCUCGGGCCAAGUUUAUCUCCUUUUUAUAUCAGAACUUAAAAUUUAAAUUAACAAUGUAAGUAGUUUUGUAAGCCAUAAUGAUAGGAUGUGAUCUUGUAGAGUGCAUGUUUUCAGGCCUUACGUGGUUUAUUUUUAAGAUGGGGUUCUUAUUUAUUACUUUCAUACUUUUAGAAUGCUAACUUUUAGUCUUUGAAACCAAACAGUGAGACAUUUCUGUACUAUUGUCAAAUAUGUUAGGGGGGGUUAAGAGCAGAGAUCUCUGCAUACUUGUGCUUUUAUCAAUGCAUGCUUCCUAGAAACUUUUGUCUGCUACAUUCAUAUCAGUUUUUAGAGUGUGGAGAUAGUGUAGCAGCUGAUUCGUUAUGACUACAACCUUUUGUUACCUUUACCUUAGAAGCCAACAACUUUCAACAACAGGCAAUAUUGCUAAGUACAAGAACAAACAUGAUUACAUUUUAAUUGAGCCACACCUCAUUAAAUAAUAAGCGUAUGUGAUUACAAACAUGUUGGCCUUGUGUCAAUUAAAUUGAACAAACAAAGAAAGCUGCAGUGAGUUGUAAGCCUGGCUGGGCCAUCCAUUUGCGUGAAUCACUUGCCGUUCCUUCCCACAACAAGGGAAGGAAUGGCAAGUGAUUCACGUAACUGGAUGGCCCAGCCAGGCUAGUGAGUUGUUGCCUUUGCUAAGCUUUAAGAAUAGUUUGUGUUGUUAAAAACACACAUUUAAAAAGAAGUUUAGCUGUUUGAUUGUGGCCUGAACAUCCUUCCAUUUUAUGGCCCAAUCUCCACUCCUGAACGAAUGUUUAAGCAUUGUUUUUGAUUUUUUAAUUUAUUUUUUCUUUGUUUUUUAAAGUGGGUUGGAGUCUUUUCCAUGUAUAAUUGUUGAAAUUAAACUUAUCUAAAUGACUUUCUGUGGUCGGGGAUGAAAAAAACUUUGUAGCAUUGAGUAAAAUAACUGACAUUUUUCUUUUGAAUUUUUUAAUUUCUGUGAAUCAUUGUCUGGAAUUCAAAGUGAUGCCAUAUUAAUCCAGUGAGAAUAUCAUUUCAGAAUGAUUCAUGAACAUUUAUGAUUUGAUUGUGGAUGAUUUGUCAUAUUUUGUUUUGGUAGUUGGGAAAUCGAGGCCAUGACAUAAAGGGAGACUGAUUUAUUCUGUCAAUUGUAACAAGAUAAGUUUUUCUUUAGAAAUCUGUUCAAUAAAUGGUAUUUUUCUUAUGAA